AUGAACACGUUACGCGACUGCUGUGUGAUCUUCGGAUCCACGCUCGCCACCUUCUCGGCCAUCACACUCAUCGUGUACCAUGCAUCGGCCUCGGACGUGCAGUUUCGCAGACGUCAUCUCGAUCGAAGACGCAAAAAGCUGAAUGUGCUGCGACAGAAGAACAAAAACAACCAUGCGGGCCGCAAAACGGUCCCCAAAUCGGCAUUGAGCGAAGAAGUGAUCCCACCCUUGGCCGAGCUCGGGCUGGUGGCUUACUACGAAGAAGGAGAGCUUGAAAGAGUAGCUACACGCCUGAUCAUUCGGGAACUGGCGGUGAACCCGGUGGCUCUCAAACGACUGUCAAUGAUGCUCAGCAGCGACAAGAUUGAAGAUCGCGAAUUCUCCACUGAUUUCAUGCUCUUUUACCUGCUCCGAGUAUCUCAAGGACGAGCUGAUCUGUCGUCAUACCCAAUAAUGUAUGGCUUGGUUCUGGGAUUCGACAAGUGUCUGGAUACGCUCAAGGAGCUGAAGGAGAACGACAAGGAGGACCCGGUUGCAUUUUCGAGAAACUUGGCUCUGUUCAUGAACUACAUUUCCAUUCUCACCCAGUUGUGUGAAGAUGCUCGGCAUUUGCACCCGGCUCACCAGCUGUGUCUCUACGGAUUUGUGGAUCUGUGCUACAAGUGGAACAAAAUUGCACCCUUCAGUGACCGCGUGUGGAAACCGGGAAUGAUUCCCAACAUUCGAGAUGUCCAGAAUAAGACUUCUCGCUUCCCAUACACGUACCACGUGCUCCAAGACGUCAUUAUCGCCGACUACCAGAUGGAAUCGACGAUCGAGGGACUUGUUGAGAAGCUCGGAGGCUCUGGAGACGACUUUUCUCGUUCUGAAGAGCAACUAAUGGCUACUCGGGAGUUCCUGACUCAGUUCUACGAGUCUAGAAUGAAUGAGAUGCCUCAGUUUGAGACUCCUGAAGAGUCUCUUUCCGCUGCUCGAGACUUCCUCGUCUUCUUCUACGACAACUACUACGAUUCGGUAAGACGAGCUGAAAGAGAGAUUCAAAAUGGAACUGAAAGUGACGAUACAGAUGAGGAAUAUGGAUCUGCAUUACCACGUGUGCCUGCUGUGGCUAUUCCCAACGUUCCUGUUCCUCCAACUGCUCCUGUUGACGACACAUAUACGUCUGAGGAGGAUACGUGUUCGGAGCGUGAGCUGCCUCGAGGAGAAAACAAUCCUGAACACUACCUGGGAGAUUGUGUAGAUGAUGAGAAUGUUGAGGGGUGCGCUAGCCCCAACUGUGCGUGUGGAGGACGACAGGUGAUCUACCCCGUUGGACUGCCUCCGGAGGACGGAUAUGGUGAUCAUGCCCAUGAAGAGGAAGGCGAUGGCGACAGUGACGAAGAUGAUGAGGAUGGCUGGGAAGAAGACGAGGACGAGUAUGGUGAGGAUGAAGAGUAUGGUGUGGAUGAGUAUGGCAAUUAUGAUGACGGAAAUGAAUACGAUGACGAUGUAUAUGAGGAUGAAUUGGGACGAGUGUUUGUGGGAGGUCUUGAAGUUGAAGACUUUAUGAACCCCAUGAACUACAUUGAUCCAGACAGUGGGGGCGGUGGGCCGCUGACGUUGAAUCGGGAGACUGGUCAGUUUGACUUGAGCCCAGGGGCCUUGGAUAUCAUCAACGAGCUGCGGGCCACGGGAGUGUUGCCUCCGUAUGGGUCACCUGGACGACAGCCUGACGGGGCCAAUGGAGGGCGAUAA